UGACCACCAACCGGUCAAUCUUAUAUAAAAGGCGGAAUCUUCGCCUGAUUGCGGCAGUAUAUUAUUUGUCCAGCCGGUAAACGGACAUUGUCGUGUUACACAAAGUCAAUCUGAUCACAAAUUUUUAGCAUCAUGAAGGUGACAGCAAUCUUGUUGCUGUCUCUCGGCGUCGUAGCCUUGGCGUUGGAGGAUAUCCCCCACAAAGAAGUUGCCCCUGAAUUCGUUCCAGCCCCAGUAGAAGACGUUCCCCUCGUUCGUGGUGAGACUGACGCCUCCGUUCCCGUCAUGGAGGACAGAAUGGGGAAGGGAUUGAAGGGACUUGGUUCCAUGUUGGGCGGUUGGGGGGGUGGUUGGGGAGGCGGAUGGGGUGGCGGUUGGGGUGGGGGCAAGAAAGGUCACAAGAAGGCCGGCAAGGGUAGCAAAAAGGGUGGUGGUGGGUGGGGCCAUCAAGGAGGAUGGGGUCAUAGUAGUGGCGGAUGGGGUGGUAGCAGUGGUGGGUGGGGCGGAUGGGGGAUCCCAAUCCCAAUUGCCAUUCCAGUCCAUAUGCCAAGUGGGUGGGGUCAGCAACAACAGAGCUAUGGUGGCGGUAGCAGUUACGGACAGCAGAGCAGCUAUGGCGGUGGUGGCAGCAGUUACGGUGGGGGUGGCAGCAGCUAUGGCGGUAGCAGUGGAGGAUAUUAAAUUGAUUGUGCUUAAUAAAUAAUUCUUCAUUUUGUGCGCUUACUUAGUAAUAUCAAAGCUUAUUCGAAAUUAGUAUAGAAUCGUUAAAUCUGAAAAAAUCAAUAUUUUGUAUAUUCAUCACAAACUUUUACUUAUUAGUAAAUAAUACUGCACAAAGAUUGAGCUAAUUUGAUACAUGUA